ACUGAAUCGUGCCCAGGGACAGUCGCCGCCGUGGUGUCGCAGGGAUCCUCUUUCCUGUGUAGUAGACGCGGUUGUUUGUGGCGCGAAGGGGACAGUGAGCCUCCAGGUGGUGCCGGGAAAAAGGGGUCUGUGUGUGGCCUUAUCGGGGGCACCUGUGGGUGACUCGUUGCUAUAGUUUGGUUGAGGCAGUGAACGUGGGUGUUUGUGUGUGCCGCUGCCUCCCGCCUUGCCUGGCCCUGGAGCAGCGUGAUGAACGGUGUGUACCGUGACGACCCCUGGGACCACGACUCCCACGCCUCCAGUUACCGAUAUCAUGAGGAGCCAGCGGUGCCAGGGUGGGGAGCCGACUAUCCGAGCUCGGCGUACGACAGAGGGCGGAUGUCGCCGUACAGAGCUGACCACCGGGGCCACUCCAACGCCAGCAAUGGCUACUCCUCAGACAAUGGCUCAGUGAGCAGUGAGGAUGGCCCUACCUAUGUGUUGGAGCACCUGGCCACCUUCAGGGUGUCACCAGAGUCCGACCUGGUGUACCCGGCGGAUGGCAUGCGGCGUCUCCUUCACAUGGAGAAGACCUCAGGCAUUUGGACGCAGAAGAUGACACUGAGGUUGGACAAAAAAUGGGUCUACAUUCAGUCACAUGAAAAUGGGGAUGUGGUGGAAAAGUUCCCCAUGGAACUAAUCCGAGAACCAACAGCAUUCACCAGCGAAGACCCCAAAGAAAUGUACAACAAUAUCUUCAUUUUUGUUGUAGCAGAAGAUCCAAAGAGGAAUUAUCAGAACCCAACAGAAAUGCACAUAUUUCAGUGUUUACGAAUCAGCGCCAAAGAUGUAGUGGAGGACAUGAAGCUGUUUAUGUCUGGCAAGGGUCUGUCUGGGCGAGGCCGAGCAGCAAGGGCCACCCGGGCUGAGCACAUCCCUCCGCCCCCACAGGAACCUGCACCUGAGCCGCCCCUCGCCAAUGGUUACCGUGCUGAGUUCUCUGACAGCGAGGUGCGAGGUGAAGCACGGGGCCCAAGAUCAGAGAGGUCAAGUGUGAGCCACAACGAUGAUGUGUCCUCAACAAGUAGUGAGAAGUAUGAACGAGAUGUGGCCAUCCUCAACUCAUGUUUUGAUGACAUUGAGAGGUUCAUUGCACGUCUCCAGCACACAGCUGCUGCCACCAGGGAACUGGAGCGCCGCCGCAGGUCUCGAAAAUCCAAGAAGAAAGACAUAGGGGAUGGAUUGCUGUCCAUGCGUGCCAAACCACCACCAGAGAGGGAAUUUGUUGAUAUUUUCCAAAAAUUCAAACUUUCAUUCAAUCUCCUGGCAAAGCUGAAGGCCCAUAUCCAUGAUCCCAAUGCCCCAGAGCUGGUGCACUUCCUCUUCACUCCACUUGCCCUCAUUGUGGAUGCCUCAAGGGACUCAAAUUAUGGACCAAAUCUUCCAGGAAAGGUCCUGUCACCAUUACUCACAGCUGAUGCAGUUGAGUUACUUACGAAUUGUUUAACUUCUCGGGAGACUGAGAUAUGGCAAAGCCUUGGAGAAACAUGGUGUAUUCCCCGUAGCAGCUGGAAAUACAGUGUUCCACCUUACCAACCAGUAUUUUCCAAUGGCUGGGCUCCUGAACUGGCUGAUGAUUCUCGUGAUCGGUCCAGUGUUCUGGCCUCUGAGGUGGCAACUGAAGUUAAGAGAACCAGGGCAGAAGAUAUCAGGAGUGCACAGCAUGAAGAGAACUGUGUUUAUGCUGAAAUAAGGCAGGGUCGCCUGCGUGGUGAUGAGUAUUCAAGUGAUUUUUAUGACUCAGACCGCAGGGAGCCAUCACCUCCUCUGGGACGGUACUAUGCAAGAGAGGAUAGGCCCCGAUCCAUGACGCCUCCCUCAGAGUAUCCACAAGCUGGUCGGAGUGACAUUUCACAGGAGUCGGUGGAUCAGUCCACAUUUGAUAAGCACCAGCAGCGAUGGCUAAGUGACCUAAAAGCACGAGGAGCAAAGAUUGUACAGGUCACAUACCCACGCACUGCCAAUAAUGACAAGGAGUUAACUGUGGUUCGUGGGGAAUACCUGGAGGUUUUGGAUGACAGCCGUAAGUGGUGGAAAGCAGUAAAUGCUCGUGGACAGGCUGCUCAUGUCCCUCACACUAUUGUCACUCCAUAUACUCCUGAUCAGGAUGAAGUGCAACGAGUUGCUCCACAGCCUUGGAAAGAACGCCAAGGCAAGAAAGGCAAGGCUGAUGACUCAAGCGAGGAUGAGGCUCCAUCACCACGUAAGGCCAAGCCCAACAACAUCCCAGCCCCUCCUCCCUUGCCCCGUGCUGACCCUGCUGAAGCCCCUGUAGUAGCAAAGUUCAGAUCCAACCCCAGACCUACAAAUGGUGAUCAGAUGUAUGGCACCACGAAAUCAACUGCAGAUUUGAUGAAUGCGGAAUUAAAAAUGGUUCUGGAAUCCUUCCGUCGUCAAAGACCUCAUUUGGAAAUAGUCAAGACACCUGAUGUGUUUAUCAACCAGAAAAGCACCCCUGAAGAGGUGCAGGCCUGGCUCAAGGAUAAAGCAUUCUCUAAACGAAUUAUGAAGCAGUUUGAGGGUGUAGAUGGAGAGAAAAUGUUCACAUUGGACAAAAACAAACUGGAAGAAUAUUGUGGUCCCAGAGAGGGUGCUCGCCUGUACUCUCAGAUUACUGUUCAGCGUAAUGUGUCUGGGUUUAAAACGGCGAGGUCAUCUGAACUACGACAGAUUUUAGCAAAACAAAGAAAUAAGGUGGAAAGUGAUGCUACUUCUAAAGUCCAGAAAGUAGAGAAGGACUUUGAGUUCCUUGAGGAAUACGAUAAAUCUGGAUACCAAACAGAUUCAGAAUCUGAAGAGGAACCUGCAGCAACUAAUGGAAACCCAGGAACAAAUACGCUUAAGGAACAAAUCAAGAAACAACGGAAAAAAAUAAUCAAUCAGUCAUUUAAUGACUGAUGAUCAGGCUCAUGUUUAGAUUUGUACUGUAGAGUAGCUCUGUUAUGCAAUGAAUGUGAAAAGAUAUCAUUGUUCAUAAAAACUUCCAACAUUUAUUUAAAUAAUAAUUCCACCAUUACAGUGAAUGGCAAACUGUCAAACCUAGCUGACUUCAUGUAUAGAACUACCUUAAAUGAGUAAGAACAUAGUUAUGCAUUGAAACAUUACAACAUAUGACGUAAAAGAAUACAUCUUCCCAGCAUUAGCUAUCAGAAUGGAUUACUGGCCUUGGGAUAGUGUAAGAUGAUUGCUAGGUGUCACCUCAGGAAGAUAAUGUUGUCUAAUGCCAGUAAGGUGGUAUGAAGUUACUUGUGCUCAUUUCAUAGAUUGAAAAUUUAUCUACAUAUUUAUGCUAUCUGUUCUAUAGAAAUAUACAUUUCUUUAUAAUAUUAAAUAUCUUACUUUCAUAGUUUGCCUGUUGAUGUACUAUAUUCAUGAAAAGAUUUUCCUUAAAUCUUCAGCAAUGGCACGAUUUAGUGAAGAAUAGAUUUUAGUGCCAUGAUUCCUUUGUAAUAUAUUAUACAUAAAUGUUCAUUGAUGUAUAUGAUUCAUAUCACUGGGUUUUUCUGUGAAGGGUAUUUCAUGCCUGUGUAUCCAUAUAAUUUACUGCAUCACUGAACAGGUGCAUUGAAGUUUUCCUUUCAUUGUUAUAAGUAAAUAAAUUUUACAAACUUUGGCUAGUGGGUGCUCAUCUUUAUGGAUAAAACUAUUUUUUGUUCAUACUAGUUUAGAUACAUAUUGAACUAAUAUCCUAGCCAUUUUUCUCAAAUCACAUAUUUUUGGGGAGGGAUAAGAAAGAAUAGUUGCCAGCUUGCAACACUUCUUUAUUUAUUAUUUUUUGAAGAAUAAAAUCUUAAUACUGUUUGGUUAUGAUAUUAAAAGGCCUCAGCAACUAACCUAAUCUUAUCCUUUAUAGUCACUAUCUACUUGUACUGAUAUUCACUGAAAAUGAGAUUGGAAAAACUGAUUGGUAUUAUUGUCAUCAGAAACUGAAGACAAGUUCUUCAAAAUACAUGGAACAAAGAGAUCUACAAGAUGAUGUAAGGAGUAUCAUAUGUGUCCACUAGCCAAAUAUCAUUAUUUUUUCCUUGUUUUAUAUCGUGGGAGUCACUGCCUAUGUGCUUUAAUAAUGAGCUUUAUAUAUAGGUAUGUAAGAGUGACAAUUUUUUUUUUCUUUAAUAGUCUUCAGUGCCUUACUUCUUUCACUAUAGAAAUGGCUCCAGGAUGCCUUUACUGGUACUAUUCCUAAAAAAUAUAUCCUUCAUAAGCAGGGAAAGAAAUAUUUCACAUAGGUCUAGCAUUCCUGAAAAUAAUUCUUUUCCUUUGUAAAUUAAAACUUUUCAUUUGAAAUGAAA